AUGAAACUGGCGCGGCUAUCACUUCUCGUACUACCUCUGGUAGCUUCCGCUGAUAACCUGACUAUCGUUGAGGCUACCAUUGAGCAACUGCAAGCAGCUUUGUCUGCCGGUCAGACUAAUGCAGUUCAACUUGUGGCUAAGCAUCUACAUCGAAUAGCGCUGUAUGACCGACGAGGUCCCAGGCUGCACUCUAUACCCGUAUUGGACCCCUAUGUUUUCGAGCAAGCGCAAGCAUCAGAUGACUACCGGGCCCAGUCUAAUGGAUCUAUUCGCUCAAUUCUAGAAGGAAUUCCCGGCACCAUCAAGGACAGUUACAAGAUGAAAGGUCUCACAGUUGCUGCAGGCUCACCGGCAUUCCAGAAACUAUCUGCAACCGAUGAUGCCUUUACUACGUCUCAAAUCAGAAACGGCGGUGGUAUAAUUCUGGGAAAGACUAAUAUGCCGCCAAUGGCAAACGGAGGCAUGCAGCUCGGACUUUACGGGAGAGCCGAGAGUCCUUACAACGCAGACUACCUCACAGCUGCGUAUGCUUCAGGCUCUACAAAUGGCGGCGGGACUUCUACUUCUGCCAGCCUCGCAGUUUUCGCAAUGGGCGAAGAGACUAUUUCAUCAGGUCGGUCGCCUGCAUCGAAUAAUGGACUCGUGGCAUAUACGCCUUCUCGUGGUCUCAUAUCUGUGCGCGGAAACUGGCCACUGUUUCCGAUCGCUGAUGUGCUGGUGCCAAUGGCACGAACUGUGAAGGAUUUGCUUGGCCUUUUGGAUGUGGUUGUUGUGGAGGACCAAGACACGGCUGGUGAUUUUUGGAGAAUUCAGCCUUUCCUAAAGCUGCCGCCGGUUUCCUCUGUCCGGCCCUGCACUUCUUUUCUAAGAUUGGCCAACGCCGACGCACUCCGUGGCAAACGAGUCGGCGUUCCAAAAAUGUUUAUCGGCGAGCAAUACCAAGCCGCGCAACCCGUUUGGGUCAGCCCAGACGUGCGCCAGCUCUGGAAAGGUGCACGUACGACAUUGGAGAGGCUGGGUGCGACUGUUGUAGAAGUUGACUUUCCUUUGGUCACAAAUUAUGAAACAAAGCCAACUUCAAAUUUGAGAAACAUAUCGUAUCCACAGCCAGGAAGACGCGACCACUCGUGGGGUGACUUGUCCCUGCAUUUGACUGCUUACGCCUGGGACGACUUUUUGAGAAUGAAUAACGACAGCUCGAGCGUCUCCAGACUUAUCAACGUCAAUCCAGAGCGCAUUUUUCCGCAACUUCCAGGUACUUUAGAAGACCGAUAUGGCGGGGCAUGGUUCAACCGCACUGCCCACGCGGCUGAUUUGAUUGAGAUUGCCAGGCGCCGGAACAGUAGCAUCCUUGACCUACCAGGAAUCAACGCAACGCUCCACCUUGUAGAGAACCGACGAAAGAGGGAUCUCGAGGCUUGGAUGCGUACGUACUCGCUCGAUACGGUUGUAUUUCCUUCAAUUGGCGAUGUUGCACGCUCUGAUUCAGAGACUAAUGUUACGUCGGCGGACUUUGCUUGGCGAAAUGGUGUUCUGUAUUCCAAUGGCAACGAUGUCAUCCGUGAGUCCGGCGUACCAACCGUUAGCGUCACGAUGGGUACCAUGAACAGCACCAGCAUGCCAGUUUCUUUAACGUUUGUAUCGAGGGCUUACGAUGACCACUCUCUCCUGAGCUACGCCUACUCCUUUGAGUAUGCGCACAAUAAACGAAUCCGUCCACUGCGGACCCCGGCUUUGGAAACAGAUACCAUCGCCGGACAUGGACAUGUCGCGAAUGCCUCGUCACCACCGAAACUAACGGCGGUUGCAAAACGCUUCCACGGUUUCAUUCACAUCUCUGGAUCUGUCGAUGUCGGUACAUCUGAAGGGCUGGACAGCCUGGAAGUCUUUGUCGAUGGUGUAGAGCUGGCCAAACCACGUCUUCGAAAGGGGAGGUGGGUUGUAUCGACACCAGCACCUUUGUUCAACGGCGCUGCGAGUGAUAUGGCAGUUGAAAUAGGUUACAACCCGAACUGGAGCUCGUCGAUGGUCGUGGUUGUUGCCACAGCAAAAAACGGCAGAUCCGCUGGCAAGUUAAUGUUCGUUUAG